AUGUAUCGCGAUAUAUGCAACAUGCUGCUCGUACUUUUCGCCGUGGUGCCUAUUCUACUGGCAUCUCCAGAAGAGGGGUCUACGCCUUCCUCAAAAGAGUGCUUGCGUGCUCUUAGUGGAGGAGCAAAUAUAUUUUGCGAAAUUUUUGGAUAUGAAUAUUUUAGUGUUUUGGUUCCUGGGACGGGCGAGCUCGGAUGCGAUAAUGGUACCGAGAAGGUGAAGUUGCCGGAGUUUGUUUGGCCCCGCGGUUCAAGCAUGACUUCUUGCUCUCCAAAUCUGAAAAACACACUCCUAGAAUUUAGUAACACAAUGCAGACGAUUAAAGAAAGCCUUAAGAAAAGGGGGUGCAAUAUUGACUAA